GAAUGGUUUAUGCGUCCAUUAGUCCUCCAUCACUCGUUUUAAAUUUCCACACGUUACGCUACAGAAAUUUCUUCACAGAUUCACGCGUUUCUAUCUAUACCACUGAUUCUCCCUAUAUUAUGCAGUCUAGUUUCUGAAUUUGCCCAACAAUCAUACUUUCCUUCAUUCAAGACUGGAAUUUCAGGAGAGAAAAUUGGGUAGAACUUGAAUGAUGGGGAGUCCUGUGUUCUUGGAAUUGGGAGUCAUUGUGCUGCUGUUUGGUUGGGAUGCAGCUGCACAGAGUUUAAGGACACUGAAUCUCCAAAGUGGAGCCACCUCUGCUCCCCCUGCUGAAUCGCCUACACCGGCUGUCAUCUCUGCUCCCCCUAUUGAAUCGCCUACACCGGAUGUCAAUUAUACUAGAGCCACCUCUCCUCCCCCCUCUGUCAAUUAUACUGCAUUCGAGGAUGUAAUUGGAGGGGUUUGUCUGUUAGGUUUCAUUCUUGGUCUAGUGUAUUAUAUUCAUCGGCGCCGUGGUGACAAGUCCUCUGGAAAUGAAGCUUCCACAGCAUCUGGAAAUAGAGGCACUGGGAGCUACGCCUCAUUUGCACCUUCCAGUUUGUGUAGGCAUUUCACAUUUGCUGAGAUCCAGGAGGCUACUAAUAACUUUGACGAGUCUCUAAUCCUUGGUGUUGGAGGUUUUGGCAAAGUUUACGAAGGUGAGGUUGAUGGUACCAAAGUUGCAGUUAAGCGGGGGAACCCAUUAGCACAACAAGGCAUCCGUGAAUUUCAAACAGAAAUAGAAAUUCUUUCUAAACUUAGGCACCGACAUUUGGUUUCACUUAUUGGGUAUUGUGAAGAAAAUUAUGAGAUGAUUUUGGUUUAUGAUUACAUGGCCAAGGGACCCCUAAGAGGACACAUAUAUGGAAAUAGUAAUUUGACUCCUUUAUCUUGGAAACAACGACUAGAGAUCUGUAUUGGAGCUGCUAGAGGUCUUCAUUAUCUUCAUACUGGCGCUGCUCAGUCAAUUAUACAUCGAGACGUAAAGACUACAAACAUACUUCUUGAUGAGAACUUGGUUGCAAAAGUUUCAGAUUUUGGAUUAUCAAAAAAUGGACCAGCUCCUGACCAUACCCACGUUACCACUUUAGUUAAAGGUAGCUUUGGAUAUUUGGACCCAGAAUACUUUCGCAAGAAGCAGCUCACUGUGAAAUCAGAUGUUUAUUCAUUUGGUGUUGUGUUGUUUGAGAUAUUGUGCGCACGACCUGCCACUAACCCUUCAGAUGAAGAAGAAGGCCUAGCCGAAUGGGCUUUGGAUUAUCAGAGAAAGGGAAUGCUGGAGCAAAUCAUAGAUCCUCAUCUGAAAGGUAAAAUUAAUCAUGAGUCCCUUAAGACAUACGGAGUGGUUGCUGAGAAAUGCCUUGCUGAGCAACGUGUUGACAGGCCAGCUAUGGGAGAUGUACUUGAGAAUUUAGAAUUUGCUUUGCAGCUGCAAAAGACUGCAAUGGAGAAUAAAUUGGUCGAUGACAGUAAUUACAGUCACAUAAACAACUCAGCUACUUAUGCUGUUGGAGAUAACAGCACCCCAGCAAGCACAGCGGGCCAUAGUUGGGCUAGUGUUAAUUUGGGUGGUACAUGUCUAAGAGCUCUUUUUUCAAAUGAGAUCAGGGAAUUGAAGUUUUUAGAUCCUUGAUUUUUACAUUGUUGCCUAUAUUAGUAGCAAGUGCAUAUUGUUGUUAUUCACUGCAUAUUGCUGUUUUCCAGUGUGGGGAAAUGCAUGUCUGCUGGUAAGAAAGUAGGCAUUUUCUAAAAACUUAGUUCAAAAGCGAUUUAAAUUUUGUAGUAUCUAUACAGCUAGAGGCUGUUCUAAUUUCGUGCCUUGAUCUAGUGGUUGUCGUACCUCUCGAGAAUUGAUUGUACCCGCAUGAUUAUAGUUGGAGUCUAUGUUAUUAUUUUACUUGCUUUUCAUGUUUGCCUUAAUAGUCGUGUUCCAACACUUCUAAAUUGUGAUGGUAUGAAAAUUAAUGUUCAUACCUGGACACUUGGAUGUAUUCUGAUCAAAUUCUUUCUUUACAAUCGUGCUGCUAUCAAG